AUGCGAUCAGAUGAUUUUGGCUGGGGAAGAGAGCGUGAUGGCGGCUACGGCAGCGGUGGCGAAAGCCGUAGGCGCAUCAUCGACGGCGGCGGCGGCGGCGGCGGCGGGUUCAGGGGUAGCCGCGGCAGCGGCGGGGGCGGCGGCAGGAGGGUAAUAUCUUCGAAGCCCCUUGUUAGCAAGAUUGGAGGGGGAGGUGCGGGAGGUGGAAGGAGGAGCCGCUCCGACGACAGCAGGGGAGGGGGAGGCGGAAGGAGUCGCUCGGUGGACAGCAGGGAUGGACGUCGUCGCGGAGGGGCAAGGCGUCGACGGCAAGGGGGGGGGGGCGGCGGUGGUGGCGGCGGUGGCAGCGGUGACGGCGGGGGCGGGGGCGGCGGUGGGAGAGGCAGGAGGAGGAGAGGGUGGCGGGGGCGUGGCGGCGGGGGGGGUGGAGGUGGUGGAAACGGCAGGGAGAGGAAGAAGGAGUUUACGGUGGAGGAACUCGACCAACAGAUGGACAACUACUUCCAGCGCGAUGAGGAUAAGGAGGGAGGUGACGCGGACAGCGGCGGCAAGGGACGGGGUCGCAAAGGAAGAGCCCCCCCCGCUACCGCUGAAAAGCUAGACUCUGCCAUGGACAGCUACUGGGGGAACGGAAAGGCCGCCGAGGCUGCCCCCGAGGGGGACGAGAAGGGGAACGACGACGUGGCUGCGAUGGAAGGGCAGGACGAAGAGGCGCCUGCUGCAGACUCGGCCGGCGGAAACUAAGGGUGGCAAGCCAAGAGGCGCGAGCUAAAGAGUCGAGGACUGCAGCAGGGAGCUGGGGUAUAAAGCAAGGGGUUGAGGAGAUUCAAGGAGCUGUUCUGGUGCCAAAUCGGAGCUUUUUCGUGGGGGAGGGGUUCGGAGAAUGAAGUCGCUCUUUUGGUGCCACAGCGUGGUGGCACUGUUCAGGGUGCGGGAUGGGAAGGCCGUCGAGCACGUGUUUUGCUGUUCGGUGUAUGGUCCUACGCUUACGAGCGAACGAGUAGUGGCCGGAAAAGGGUUAGCGUAUCCCCCGCCCCCGGCCAGGGAGUCGCUUGUCCUCCCUGCUCCUCCGACCGGGUCAAGCACCGAACGGACGGACAGCCAUGCACAUCGAUGAAAGCGUUUUGGAAUUUUAUCGCAGUCUGUGUGGCGGCAGCAGUAGUAGGUCCAUUGGGCGUCAACAAAUGACGAUGUGAUUACAGGAGAAGGGUCGAUGUUGUCACUCGGCCCAUCUUGAAUGGCAUGGCCUAGCCCCGUAAAACGGCUUCCUUUAGAAGUCGACAAGAGGGCGUAGAAGAUACGCCAAGUUGUGGUCUGUAAUGUUUGGUGUUACACCGCAGCAGGCCGGAGGCCGCACGGCGGACACAACAACGCAUGUACCCGGCAGAUAGUAGGCCUGUGUCGGGUGGGGGGGGGGGGGAGGUUAACUUGUUGAUGAGUCUCAGAGCCUAUGGCAAAAGGCACAUCGGAAAAUAUGAGCAAUAAUCAAGUUUUUGCUUCCUUGUUGUUCAUGUUCUGUAGCUUUUUCACGCACGGCAUAAAUCAUCAGGGCCUAUGCCUUGGCGUCGACGUUUCGUGAAUGAUCUUGGUACUUGGUAGGCUUGAGUUGAGCGUAUGCCAGGCGUACGCAAGUGUAAAGUAAACACCAUGGUGGGUGACAAAAGCGAAACGACGAUCACCGCCCGCAUCGGCUGGGCGUCGUCACGAGGACGCUCGGUCCCGAGCUAGAUGCACCAUAGGUCUGCUGCCUGCUGUGCGUGCCGGCCGAACCCAAAACCGUAUCAUCAUU